UGAUCCCAAAGUACUGAGUCGAAUUGCUCGCCUUGUCCGAAACUUCAAUCAACCCAUGUUUUAAGGCCUGACUAGAAUGGAUACAUGAGUACCUAUUAUGUACUGGGCUAUUAAUGCAUACUAGUCAGACCAUUAUCCAGCCAUCCGAAGUCAAGUAGCAUGCUGUCCGACCUCGUUUGGCUCAUCGCGUAGAUGGACGAUGACUAUCUCGAGAUAACACUCGUUCGCAUACACCGCACGUACAUGCCUUGGCACAAGUACCAACGAGUUCCAUCUUACUGUUGCUCCUUCGCAGUAGUCCACAGUGUCUGCAAACACACGUGCCCCUCUCGCUUGCUCUAUCGCUGCUGAUACACCCCCGCUCGCCCCAAUAAUAGCUUGCGCAUUCGAAUCGGCCCGUCUAUGCUGGGCAAAUCUAUGCAAGAGCUCUAAGCGCUGUACGCGUGUGGGGUCCAUAAGUUGUCGCUCCCCGGGCAUGUCGAUCUUAACUGCCUGUUUGCUGGUUGCUUGCCACUUCUCCACGUGGGAUUCAAGAUGGGUAGCGCAAAUAGCGAUCCAUAAAGGAAGGGCGGGAGGUGGUCAAAAUUGCAUCGCUGAUUUGUCGCCUCGUAUGGGUGACGAGACACGGUUCGAUAUGAUUCACUGGCUGUUCUUCCUGCUGUACCGCUGCGUGAAGUCGGUUUCAAGGCCACUGAAGUUGCCACUAGGUGAGGAUGGUGACAUGUGCGAGCAGGAUUCGGGUGUCGAACAGACGGAGUCUCUGCGUACUCGUGCUGCUUCCGCUAGAGCUUUGCUUUCGUAUGUGUAGGUGAUGCGGAGCAGAUCGUACACAGUGAGGCGGGUCGUCGACAUCUUGAAAAUGAUCUUGCUUCUUCUGAAUUUUGAACAGGAGAGAUUGAAACUCGUCCAGAAUGUCAAACAGGACUGUUAUGCAGUAUAAAUGCUCCCUUUCGUUUGUGUAGCCGUAAUCACAAUUCCUCGCAAUGUCGUUGGUCGGAGUGCGGUCAAGCUAAACUCAGCGGCGGACUUCGGGCUAAACAAUAAACGCAAUUGUUCCUGCAGCUACGAGCACCUCGAGGACGACAGUCGCUUUAUACCCCUCAGCAUUCCUCGUGCAUGGUAUCAGCCCAU